AUGCAGCUAUGGUUGCACGCCCUAAGGCAUUUCACUAAGCCUCAAGGCACCAAUAAGGAAGCAGGCGGAUUUGAGACUGAGAAAGGUCGAUCCAUGAGGGCUAUAGCAGCGCUCGCCCAUCGGCUACGAUUUUCCUCCGAUCACAUUCUGAAGAUGAUGAGUUUGCAAACGGAGCGGUUGGCUGCGGAGAACAUGUUCCGUGCGAUUUGUCGUCAGCAGUUUUACGCAGUCGAUACCGGCAGGAUCCGGGAGCUAUCGCGAACAUAUGAGAAGAGUGUACAGCAUCUAGCGCGCGUCAAAGAUAACACCGCUCGACAAGUGCGGCUUACGACGGACUGCGAAGAAGAGAAAGCUGGCCAUCGAUUUAAUUCCCCCCUCUGGAAAGAUCAUUUGCACGACCGGGCCAGUCUUUUCAUCCACCAAGUGUACAGUUCCGAUCAGCCGCCUUCUACUUUUCCAACAUCCUUUGCAGUCACAAGAGACAUCAUCUUCUCAUUCUUUGGGAAGGAGCCCCUUUACAGUCUGUUUUCUGCCCAGCAGUCUGGGGGGAGCCCAGUUGAGGAGCCCAAGACCAAUUCCCCGCCCAUUGCUGAAACGCCCGAGGAGGAGAGCAUGGAACCGAAUAACGAGGACCCCAACGGUGAAGAUUCAGAGGAAGUUGUAGUAUCCCGACUAUCUCCCAGUGACUCGCUCGAUCUCCAACCACAUCCCCCAGGGACCCCCGAUCGAAUGGCGGGUGUCGAAGAUGACGUGCCGUUCGCUCCCGGCUUCGAAGAACAUAUUUCAAAGGCCCCUUUGAAUACCAAGGCGGAAAUAUCUAUACAUAGGAGAGCCACCGAGAUCAUCCGUAUGUGGUACAACAGUGAGGUGGGAAAUGUUGUGGUUUUCUUCUUAUUCGAGUCUCGAAGCUAUUAUAAAUUUCCCCCAGUCGGAGGAACGGAGCUCAAAUCUACCCUGGAAGAGCUGUCUAAGGACCAUUACUUCCUGGUUUACAAUGGAUCUGAAGUGGCAAGUAUGGGAUUGGACACUAUCUAUGAGGCUGCUUUACAACACCGCCUGGUUCUAGUGGGAAAGAAAGACAACCCCCGUCGGGACGUCCAGGAUGAUAUUGGGACGAUCUCUAGUGACGUAUUGCAAGAAUACAUCACAAAGUACGAUGUGAAAACUGGGAAAAGAAAAGAAGACCUCCCCGAGAAACGUUCGGCCAAACGACAACUUCGAUCUAAAUGA